UUUUGUUAAAAUAAAAACACACACACACACACACACAGCAGCACGAGCCUCCUCUUCUCCUGCUUUCCCCACUGACUCUGAGCAACCAAAUCACUCAAAAAACCCAACAACUUCUCUUCAGCUCUCCGGCGAACGGAUCUUCCUCGUUGGAAAUGCAGUGAGAUCAAUAGCGACGUUGUUCUUGUUCACAAUCUAUAUUGAAAUGCACUUUCACUUAUAUACGGUGAUGUGUAAUAUAAUUGAAUUUGAUUAUUUGAUACCGAACAGUGAUUGAGUGUUGGGGUGAGGAUAAGGGAAAGUGGCAAGUCCAAACAUGGAAGGCGAAGAUAUGGAUUCACUAUUUGAAGGGAUGGUUCUGUUCAACCCUGCCCAAAUCGAAGACAAGAAUCGUAUUGAUAAUGAUUCUGAAAGUGAUGCUCAUGCUUCAGCAGUAUCCUGUUCGCAGCCCCUUGAUGAGAAUAUCUUUUCUGACCUCACGCUCGUCCUCGAUCCCCUCCAAAAUUCAGAAGCCGAUCAAUCUCGUCAACACGCUUCCUCGAGAAGGAGAAAACGAUCUGGAUUGAGAAUAGGAUAUGGUAGAGACACCGCGGAUGUGGAUCUUCCUUCUCCGCUCCCUCAUAUUGAUGAUGCUGGUAUUGAUGUUGCAGCUACUGCUGCUCCUACUGCUAGUGAGCCGAUCACUGAUGAUGAUGAUGAUGCUGCUGCUGCUGCUGCUGUUAGUGUUAUCCAUCCACCAUCCAGAAGCGCCGCCGAAUCCGUGGAUAAUGUCGAUGAAACUUUUUCUGAGGCAUCCUUCCGUCAAAUUAAGGCCACAAUAAAUGAGAAGCUCAUCAAUGCCCGUCAACUGGUCAACUCUGCAUCUGCUGUCCGAAAGGGUGCGAUCAGGAGAAGAAGAAAGGCCGUUGAGAAUGAAAAUCUUGCUUCCCUCAAAUACAUGGAACUUGAAAAGCAAUUGGAAGAAGCCUGUGAAGCUGAAGAUUUUGAAAGGGCUGAAAAGAUUAGCGAACACCUUUCUGCUGCUGAGAAGGAGAAACAAAUCUUCGCCUCUUCAUUGAGAGAAGCAGAUGCCUUUGUGGAUGAUUUAGAUUUGAAAUUGCAGCACGCCCUCCACUCUCACAUAGCUGCCGAGGAAGAAUGUGCAAUCUUACUCCACCAUUUUGCAACGAAUGCUGUAAAUGAUGCAGAUUCUGCCAUGAAGAAAGCAACACUGGUGUAUUCAAAAGAAAUGGAUCAAUGGCUUUCAUCAUCAGAAGCCUUGGAGGUUAAAAAGAUGGAGUUCGAGAUUGAAUCACAUUUUAUACGUGAAGCUCAUAUAGAACUUAAUAAUAACAUUGAGCAUUCAAUCGAGGAUGACAAACAAGAAAAAGAGAUCCUUUGUAAAAGAAAGAAUGUGCUAAUAGAUGAAUUGGAAGAACUUCUUGCUUUAGUCAAACAGAAAGAAAAAGAGAUAGCUGACAAUGAUUCUGAUUUAAAAGCAGUAGAGCAUAAGAUAAAUAAUGUUGUUUCUGGAUUUAAAGAGAUUCAGUCGACCAUUGAUUUGAAGUAUGACAAAUUGCAAUCUGCCCUUGCUCAAGUGAAGUUAGAGAAUGAAACUUUGUCACUGAAGAAGGACGAAAUUGAUAACUCUCUCAUUAGGGAAGAAGGAAUGGAAGCAAAGCUUAGGGAAUUUGCUAGAAUUUCUGAGGUUGAAGCAAAUGGGUAUAAGGAAAUAGUCAAAUUAAGAAGAAGUUUGAUGUCGUCUAUAUUGAAGUCUGGGGAGGACAAACUUAGACUGGCAAACAAUGAGGAAAAGCUUUCUGGAGAUGUGAAAUUGUUUCAACAGGAGGUUUCCGCUGCAAGAGAUUCCUUGCAGGAACUAUCUUCAAGAAAGGCAAGCAUCCAACAAGAUAUAAUAUCCUUCAAGCAGAGGACUAUUUUCAUAGAUAAGAGAGUCCCAGAACUUGAAGCAGAAAAAAAAGUUGCUACUGCUGCUAGAAAUUUCAAGGAGGCUGGACGAAUAACUACUGAGGCUAAAUCACUGUGUGUUGAAAAAGAGGACAUUCGGAUGGACAUGGAUACGGCCACUUCAAAACUUGAAAAGCUUGAGGAAGACAUUAAAGGCACCCUUGAUAUAUUGCAGGAAGCUGAGGGAAUGAUCUUAUUAAAGGAGAAAGAGUUAGCAAUGGCUAGAUAUCAGAAGCUACUUUUGACGGCUGCUACUGCUAGAGCUGAAAAAGCUGCCGCCCAAGAAAUGGGUGAUGUAGAAGAAGCUAAUCUCCUGCUGGCAGAAGCUGAGGCAGCAGAUUGUGAAGCUGAGAAAAUUCGAUCAACAUAUAAUUUUAAGGCAGAAGACGUUUCAAAUUUACAAAAAGAUUUGAUUUCCAUGGACCUUGUAUUAAUUCUUGAUAAAAAACAAUUGGAAAAAUUAGCUGUCACUUCAUCUGUUUAGCUGAUUGUCUAAACAAGAUUUUAAGAUACACAUACUCCUAGAAGUUACUGAAGUGCAACAUGAAUGUCCAACUUUUAGGAUGAGUUUUAUGCAUCUCUACAUUUUAAUGAAUACUGAGUAUGAGAUUUGUGCAAUUUUGCCUUGUCA